AUGGACGUGGACGUGGACAUGGACGUGGACGUGGACGUGGACGUGGACGUGGACGUGGACGUGGACGUGGACGUGGACGUGGACGUGGACGUGGACGUGGACGUGGACGUGGACGUGGACGUGGACAUGGACGUGGACAUGGACGUGGACGUGGACGUGGACGUGGACGUGGACGUGGACGUGGACGUGGACGUGGACGUGGACGUGGACAUGGACGUGGACGUGGACGUGGACGUGGACGUGGACGUGGACGUGGACGUGGACGUGGACGUGGACGUGGACGUGGACGUGGACGUGGACGUGGACGUGGACAUGGACGUGGACGUGGACGUGGACGUGGACGUGGACGUGGACAUGGACGUGGACGUGGACGUGGACGUGGACAUGGACGUGGACGUGGACGUGGACGUGGACGUGGACGUGGACGUGGACGUGGACGUGGACAUGGACAUGGACGUGGACGUGGACGUGGACAUGGACGUGGACAUGGACGUGGACAUGGACGUGGACGUGGACAUGGACGUGGACGUGGACAUGGACGUGGACGUGGACGUGGACGUGGACGUGGACGUGGACGACGUGGACGUGGAGGACGUGGACGUGGACGUGGAGGACGUGGACGUGGACAUGGACGUGGACAUGGACGUGGACAUGGACGUGGACGUGGACAUGGACGUGGACGUGGACGUGGACAUGGACGUGGACAUGGACGUGGACGUGGACAUGGACGUGGACAUGGACGUGGAGAUGGACGUGGACAUGGACGUGGACAUGGACGUGGACAUGGACGUGGACGUGGACGUGGACGUGGACGUGGACAUGGACGUGGACGUGGACGUGGACAUGGACGUGGACAUGGACGUGGACAUGGACGUGGACGUGGACGUGGACGUGGACGUGGACGUGGACAUGGACGUGGACGUGGACGUGGACGUGGACGUGGACGUGGACGUGGACGUGGACGUGGACAUGGACGUGGACGUGGACGUGGACGUGGACGUGGACGUGGACGUGGACAUGGACGUGGACGUGGACGUGGACAUGGACGUGGACAUGGACGUGGACGUGGACGUGGACGUGGACAUGGACGUGGACGUGGACGUGGACGUGGACGUGGACGUGGACGUGGACGUGGACAUGGACGUGGACGUGGACGUGGACGUGGACGUGGACGUGGACGUGGACGUGGACAUGGACGUGGACAUGGACGUGGACAUGGACGUGGACGUGGACAUGGACGUGGACGUGGACGUGGACGUGGACGUGGACAUGGACGUGGACGUGGACAUGGACGUGGACGUGGACGUGGACGUGGACGUGGACGUGGACGUGGACGUGGACAUGGACGUGGACAUGGACGUGGACGUGGACGUGGACGUGGACGGACGUGGACAUGGACGUGGACGUGGACGUGGACGUGGACAUGGACGUGGACAUGGACGUGGACGUGGACGUGGACAUGGACGUGGACAUGGACGUGGACAUGGACAUGGACGUGGACGUGGACGUGGACGUGGACGUGGACAUGGACGUGGACGUGGACGUGGACAUGGACGUGGACGUGGACGUGGACGUGGACAUGGACGUGGACGUGGACGUGGACAUGGACGUGGACGUGGACGUGGACGUGGACAUGGACGUGGACAUGGACGUGGACGUGGACGUGGACAUGGACGUGGACGUGGACGUGGACAUGGACAUGGACGUGGACGUGGACGUGGACGUGGACAUGGACGUGGACGUGGACGUGGACGUGGACAUGGACGUGGACGUGGACGUGGACAUGGACGUGGACGUGGACGUGGACGUGGACGUGGACGUGGACAUGGACGUGGACAUGGACGUGGACGUGGACAUGGACGUGGACAUGGACGUGGACGUGGACGUGGACGUGGACGUGGACAUGGACGUGGACAUGGACGUGGACGUGGACGUGGACGUGGACGUGGACGUGGACGGACGUGGACGUGGACGUGGACGUGGACGUGGACGGGACAUGGACGUGGACGUGGACGUGGACGUGGACGUGACGUGGACGUGGACGUGGACGUGGACGUGGACGUGGACGUGGACAUGGACGUGGACAUGGACGUGGACGUGGACGUGGACAUGGACGUGGACAUGGACGUGGACGUGGACGUGGACGUGGACAUGGACGUGGACAUGGACGUGGACAUGGACGUGGACGUGGACAUGGACGUGGACGUGGACGUGGACGUGGACGACGUGGACGUGGACGUGGACGUGGGACGUGGACGUGGACAUGGACGUGGACGUGGACGUGGACAUGGACGUGGACGUGGACAUGGACGUGGACAUGGACGUGGACGUGGACGUGGACGUGGACGUGGACGUGGACGUGGACGUGGACGUGGACGUGGACGUGGACGUGGACGUGGACGUGGACGUGGACGUGGACGUGACGUGGACGUGGACGUGGACGUGGACGUGGACGUGGACAUGGACGUGGACGUGGACGUGGACAUGGACGUGGACGUGGACGUGGACGUGGACGUGGACGUGGACAUGGACGUGGACGUGGACGUGGAUGGACGUGGACAUGGACGUGGACAUGUGGACGUGGACGUGGACAUGGACGUGGACGUGGACGUGGACGUGGACGGACGUGGACGUGGACUGACGAUGGACGUGGACGUGGACGUGGACGUGGACGUGGACGUGGACGUGGACAUGGACGUGGACAUGGACGUGGACGUGGACGUGGACGUGGACGUGGACGUGGACGUGGACAUGGACGUGGACGUGGACGUGGACGUGGACGUGGACGUGGACGUGGACGUGGACGUGGACAUGGACGUGGACAUGGACGUGGACGUGGACGUGGACAUGGACGUGGACGUGGACGUGGACGUGGACGUGGACGUGGACACGUGGACGUGGACGUGGACGUGGACGUGGACGUGGACAUGGACGUGGACGUGGACGUGGACGUGA